AUGACACAUAUAUUCACAUAUCUUUUAUCUUUAUAUGAACAUGGUGAUUUACAUUUACGUGGUGCAUAUGCAAACAUACUUGCUACAUUAAUUCAAACAACAAUUCAUCGUUUAACACUAUCAUCACUAUCAAAUUCAUUUAAUAAUUCUUCUAUUGAUCAAUGUUCACUUGUAUCAACUGUUUCACAAGACAGUUCAAGUUAUGCAUUUACAAUCAUAGGCAUUAAAUUAUUAGAAUAUUCUAUUCAACAUAGUAUAAGUUCUUAUAUUCUUGCUAAAAUUGCUCUAGCACAACUUAUAGAUGAUAUUGAUUUUCGAAAAUUAACUUAUCUUGAACAACAACAACAAUUAAAACAACAGUAUCCUGAUAUAGGUGUUCGUCAAGCAACUGCUUCAACUUUUGCUAAACCAACAACAAUUCGUCAAUUUUGUUCAUAA